AUGAUCUACGAGGCAAAAUUUAUGCACCAACUCAAUGAGGGCAGAGCAUCCAUGGUACAUGUCUACGCCAUGUGUGCACUCGCCGCUAGAUUUUCAAACGACCCUGUCUUCCAUGGCAUCGCCCGUGGCUCGCGGGGAACCAUUUACAUCUCCGAAGCUGUGCGUCUCGCUCAACAAUCUAUAAUUAUGCCCAGCCUUGAGUCAAUGCAGGGUUUAAUUUUGAUUGGCUACUACUACGGUGGGGAAGGCGACACAAAAGCCAAGCAUGUUUAUAUCGGUCUCGCGAGGUUACAUGCAGAAACCUUGCCGUUCUGGGAUGUGCCCCAGGAUGACAGCCCCAUAUCUCAAGAGGAAUAUCGUCGCACAUGGCUAUCCGUGAAUAUUGCCAGUGAUUGGUCGGCAACCGAUAUAUCAAUCGAACCUGUAUCGUUGAUUCACGGCCCCGCAGUUGAUCUUCUCCAAUUCGAUGAUAUUGCUUUCCAGAGCUUGGACCCAGGACCGGUAGAAGCAACCUCUUGUUUGCACCCAUCACCGUACAACAUGUGGGCUUAUAUGGCAAGGUCGCUUGACAUUGUUAACAAGACGAGCGUGCUACUGCGACGGAUGAGCCAAGGGUUGAUCGCUUUCCAUGAUUAUUGCCAGGAGGCGGGUGUACUGGAAGGCCGUCUUGAUCAAUGGGAGCAGAGCCUGCCCCCGAGUCUAAGGUAUACCACGGAAAAUAUCAUGUCCGCUGUCAAGCAAGGUCUUGGUCGGACCUUCCUGGCAAUGCAUAUUGGGUACCACCACUUUCGCGAAAUGCUCUUCUUCCCCUUCCUCGACGCACGCAGGGAUCAAUAUACAACUAUAAAUCUCACAGAAAAGGCGACCCAAUGCAAACGAAGUGCAAAUAUAAUAUCCGAAAUUCUACAGCAUAGCACAGACAUCGAAUGUUGCGAUUUGAAUUGUUACAUCUACGGGCAUAUUGCUGUGAUCAGUUCAUGUGUUCAUCUUCAUACUCUGCUCUUCAGUGAUAAACCCGAAUCACUCUCCAUGGCACGCCAAUGGCUACUCUUUAACUUCAAAUAUUUAAUGGAUAUCAAAUCGUACUGGCCUGUCGUCGAGCACUCUCUGUCACGACUUCGAAAAUUCCAGAAUUCCUGCCAAGAUUCCAUAUCAGACCCAUUUGUACUGGAUAAUUGGAUGGCCCGCUUCCUCACUGAACACUCUUCCUCGCUCUCCGAACGCCAAACAUCCUCAAACCAGCCCUCUGGUUUGGGUCCUGAAAAUAUCACGGCGUCUAAUAUAAACGUGGAACCUCCGGCGCAUGACCCUGUGAAUAAUUCAGAGACUGGGUGUGACGUGGAUAAUCUGUCCAGCUUGCUACAUGAUCAACAAGUUAGCAGCGAGGCUCUGGUCAAUCAUGCUAUUGACUGGUUACUAGACUAA